ACCCAUCUGAUAAAUAUUCCCAAGGAGGAAAUUGUCUUGUCGUUUGCCAAACAGAGACAUAUACAUUGAUUUCUACUAGUCCCCUACUCUUGAUAAAUUAAAGGAUUCUAUAAAGAGAAACUAUCUUAUUUAUAUUAUUCUUUUUACAUCUCGUUUCUCGUUUCUACUCUUAAUUUUACAAAUUCCCUUUUUUUUUCCCUUUUUACUUUGGAUUUUCGUUUGAAAACAUAACCACUUUUUCGUAAAUAUGUUUUCUCGUAGUGUACAAGCUAUUGGCCGUGUUACCCCUAUGGUUUCUCAGCGCUUUGCUGGCAUCGGCGCCGCUAGCUCUUCCUUGUCUAGUCUUCGUCUUGCCAGUAUGAAUGGCCGUGCUUCCAACGUCCUUGUCGCUGCCCCCCGUCGUAUGUAUCACAAGAAUGUUUUGGACCACUACAACAACCCCAGAAAUGUCGGUAAUCUUCCCAAAGGUGACGCCGAUGUCGGUGUUGGUUUGGUAGGUGCUCCUGCUUGCGGUGAUGUGAUGCGUCUUGCAAUCCGUGUCAACAAGGAUGGUGUCAUUGAGGAUGUCAAGUUCAAAACUUUUGGUUGUGGUAGUGCCAUUGCUUCUUCCUCAUACGUUACCACUAUGGUCAAAGGUUUGACCUUGGAGGAAGCCACCAAAAUCAAAAACACUCAAAUCGCCAAAGAAUUGAGCUUGCCCCCCGUUAAGUUGCACUGUUCUAUGUUGGCUGAAGAUGCCAUCAAGAGCGCUGUCAAGAACUACCGCUCCAAGAGCUUGCAAGAUGUUGCUGCUGAAAAUGCCGCCGCCGCCAAACCUGCUCAAGCCGCUGGAGCCGCUUAAAUGAAAUCGAAUGAAGCAAACCACUAAUUGAUCCUUCGUUGGUCUUUAGUUGGUUUGUUGUUCGGUUAAACAAUUGAAUCCUUUUAUCAACCGUUGGUUUGAUUUUAAGGCAAAACCCUUGCUCGUGUUGGACCUCUUUUUCCCCCAAUUUCUGUGGUCAUCUUUGGUCCGCAAUAUAGCAAUUGCAGUAUCUUUGACUCAAGUUUCCAUUAUGUUUCUUGUGCGUCCCGAUUUUGCAUUCAUAUCUCCCCUCUUGUGUUUAAUGUUUUUCUUUUUCAUUGCUGGUUCUUUUGUUUCCUUUAUGAUGUUUGAUUGUAUUUCGUUAUUUGUUUGCUUCGUUUACAAAAUUGAAAAAAAACGUCAGCGCUUCCUUCUUUUGUGAGUUUUGAAUUCCUUUUUCAAGGAGAAAGGAAGAGCUCUCUUCAAUAAAUAAAAUGUAGCUCUGAACAAGUUGAAUCCGUCAAGGUAACUACUGUUUUACAAUUUUUCAAACACUAUUGUUUUAUUGCGUUGUGAAAGCAGCUUUUUUUAAGAGUGCCUUUACUUUUUCUUUUUGUUGCUCUUUUCACGCCUUGAAGUCAAGUUUACUAGUAUAAAUAAUAAUUGUUAAUG